ACUUCGAACAUGCUUCAACUUUUAACCCAGCAAAGAAAAUUAACAAUUAUUUCAAACUUUAAAACGGAUCCAGAGCUCGAGAUUAUUUAACGAUGCCCAGAUAAAAUGACAGCUGGCCUGAAUAAUCGAUUAAAUCUUGGAGGAAUCAUAAUUUCAUUGAAGGAAUUCGAGUUCGAAAAGGGCAUUAAUAUUUAGAGUUGUCCUUCUACGCGGCUGGCCUACGGAUUCGUAACCUUAUAACUUUAAAUCGCUAGCAAGCAAACAUUAAUCACCAAGAGAAGUGGUAUUCUCCUCUAUUCCCCCUAAAUAACUGGCACAUCCUUCACAAUGCCUGACGAAAAGCACAUAUACGAAGCGCUCCCAAUACCUACCUAUUCCGAAGCUAUCGGCGAAUCCUCCCGUGGCUCGACACCCAUACCUCCCCGAUCCAAUUCCUCCAACGAAUCCGCACAUCCAGCCGAACGAGAAGGCCUUCUAGGUCAUGAUCCCGGUGCAAGAAUCCCAGUUCCGACUCGCAGAGCUGGUUAUCGUCCUCCUCCUACCGAAGAUGGCAUUUCUAAUCGGGGCAGUAUGGAAAGGGAUACAUUUCUAAAUCAACAUGGCGAGCGCGAAAGUGAAGAUGAUGAGCAGGUGCGUAGGGAGAUGGAGGAAAUGGAAAUACAGGAUCCGGAAACUUCACAAUCGACGUGGGGGAAACGCAUGUCGAGUCUUUCUGCAUCGUUAUCGUCGCGACUGCCAUGGAUACGUCGGAUUGGAUGGCCGUCAAUUGAUGCGAAUUUUUGUAUAGUGAUUGGGAGGAUUUUUGCCGUGCUUCUAGUCAUGGCGGUGGUUUAUCUGUUGUUUAUGAGCGAUCUUUUUUCGAAUGCGGCGAAUAGGAUUGGGGGGCAAAUGUUCCCGGCGGAAAGUGUGAGGAUAUUUGUGCAAGAGAGUGUUUCGGAGGAUAGAAUUGUGAGGUGGAUGCAUAGAAUUACGGAGACGGAUCAUUUGGCCGGUACGGAGGGGGACUACAUAUUGGCGGAGAUUGUGCAGGAACUCAUGGUGAAGAAUGGACUGGAGGAGGUAAAGAUGGACGAAUAUGGAGUUUAUCUGAAUUAUCCAAAGGAGGGAGGAAGGAAAAUCGAAUUACUCGGGGAAGAUGGGAAUCCCACUUGGCAGGCAAAGAUUGAUGAGCCACAACUUUAUACGAAUCCGCCGCGACAACAAACGCCUGUUUUCCAUGGACAUUCGAAGGCCGGAGAUGUGACCGGGCCGUUAUUAUAUUGCAAUUAUGGAUCACAAGCUGAUUACAAGUCAUUUUACGAUAGUGGAAUUGAGACAGAAGGAGCAAUUGCUUUGGUUAGGUAUUACGGUACCCAAGGAGAUAGGGCUUUAAAGGUCAAGGCUGCAGAACGUUGGGGUUUUAAAGCUGUGAUAAUGUACAGUGAUCCGGCCGAUGAUGGAUUCACUUUGGGUGAUACCGCCCCCAAUGGUAGAUAUAUGCCAAAGGAUGGAGUUCAACGAGGCGCAGUUAGCUUGAUGAGUUGGGUGGUGGGCGAUGUUCUCACCCCUGGAUGGGCAAGCGUAAAAGGGGCAAAACGGAUAUCAAAAGAAGAUAAUCCGGGUUUGACGAAUAUUCCUAGUAUCCCUAUCUCGUGGGGAGAUGCACAGAAACUUUUGCAAUCUAUUCAAGGAUUUGGAGUUGAAUGCACUCCAGAAUGGAGAGGUGCAGUUCCUGAUGUUAAAUAUUGGUCUGGAAAUCUUUCAACACCGAAAGUUCAUCUUGUUAAUGAACAGGAUGAAGUUGAACAACAACCGAUUUGGAAUGUUUUAGGCAAAAUUACCGGUGUUGAGCAAAAGGAAAAAUCCGUUAUUGUUGGUAAUCAUCGUGAUGCUUGGGUUUUUGGUGCUACGGAUCCUGGUUCAGGUACUGCCGUAUUUCUCGAGGUCAUGCAUAUCUUUGGUGAUCUUGUUUCAAGAGGUUGGCGUCCACAACGUACAAUUGAGUUUGCUUCUUGGGAUGGUGAAGAAUAUAAUCUUAUUGGGUCUACCGAGCAUGUUGAAAAGAACAUGGAAAAAUUACGCAAGGAUGCAUUCGUUUAUCUUAAUGUCGAUGUAGGCGUUGGUGGUGAUAAAUUCAGAGCAGCAGGAAGUCCAGUUUUCAAGAAAGCCCUUCUUCGAGUCCUAGAUCGCACAACUGAUCCUUAUCGCAAUGCUACUCUUCGACAACUAUGGGAUGAAAGAAAGGGUCAGUUAGAGGGUCUGGGAGCUGGAAGUGAUUAUGUUGCUUUUCAAGAUAUGGCAGGAACAUCCUCUCUUGAUUUUGGCUUUGAAGGUCCUGUCUAUCCAUACCAUUCAGCAUAUGACAAUUUCGAAUGGAUGGCCAGUCAAGGCGAUCCCAAUUUUCGCUAUCACAAACUUCUCGCUCAAGUCUGGGCCCUUCUUAUUCUCGAAUUUUGCGAUCGCGCAGUCCUUCCUUUUGAUUUCAGAGCAUAUUCCGCAUCCCUCUCUACUUGGGUCAUGGAUUUGGAAACUUGGGCAGAAAGUAAAGCUCCUAAUAAAGAUGGUAAUGUACCAUGGUCUACAGAACCAUUGAGAGAAGCAGCAUUACAAUUUGCGCAAGAUUCAAGAAGAUUUGAAAAAUUCGAAUUGGAAUGGGAUGGAUUGGUUAUGGGAAGUGGUGGCUUUGAAAGUCCUGGUUUGGCUUCUCAUAGAAAGAGUCAUAAUACUCGGAUGGCGAAUUUCGAAACCCAUCUCUUGGAUUUGGAGGAAGGUGGUGGGGUAUGUUUUGUUUCUUUUCCUUUUUAUUCUCGACACUUAUUUUGAGACUUUUUGUCCCAAUUGUCUGAUAUAUAUUACGUGAUAUUGUUUACUUAUAUCGUUGAAUAUCAUCAACUAACUAACAUGCAUAUAAAUAGAUACCCAAUAGAACACAAUUUAAACAUGUCAUCUUUGGUCCGCAACUCUGGUCCGGAUAUGAGGAGGCUUAUUUCCCGGCCAUUCGGGACGCGGUUGAAGUGGGGGAUUGGGGGUUGGCUAGGGAUUUGGUCGAGAAGACGGCGAGGAUUAUUAAGAGGGCUAGUUCGAAGAUGGCGGAUGGAUGAUGAGUGGGAGAGGUGGGUGGGUGGGUGAUAGGGUUUAGUGUCGGUAUUAGUGUUAGUGUUGAGGGGGAAGAACUGUAUGGGAGAAAGAGGAAAUAAGAGAAGAGGAAGAGGAAGGGGAAGGAGAAAUGAAAGUUAAGUUAGUGGAUGAUAUGUGAUGUGUGGUUGAUUAUAUAAAUAGCUACGUGUAGAGAGUACGGAGUAGUAGUAUAUCGAUUAUCACUCAUCGAUUAUUGAUUUGGAAUAAAAUUUCUAGAAUAGGGAUAAGAAUUCUGGAGUAAGAGUUCAGAAAUAAGGAAUUUAGUAAUUAAAUAAAUAAAUGCAUAAAUAAAUAAAUAG